AUGAAAAAAAUAAAAUUUAGGAGCUUCACGCAAAUUGUUGCCGUUUCGAAAAAAAAAGACAAGUGCGUGAAAUUCUCCCGAUUAAGUCUGAGCGAAUUGCUUCAGUACAUACUUGUGUAUUUGUCAGAGGAGGGCGACGUGAAAACGUGGAACGGCAUAUUUUUGCAGGUAGACAAAUUGGUGUCCAAAAAAGGGGGGGGCGAAGAGUACAAAGCGGAAUUGAACGCCUUUUUCGAUAAGCUGACCAACAUGGAGUACUACGGUGUGCUGGACCAUCUGAAGGAUGUGGAGGAGGGCGUGAAAAACGGCAUUUUGAAUGGCGCCUUUUUCGAGUGCCUCGUGUUGUCCCUCAGGGGGAGGGACAUAACGUAUUUGCACGAGCGGGGGGGGGAGCGGCGGCGAGGGGGAGAAGCAGAGUUGGCAGAGCUGGCGGACUCGCCGCAGAUGAGAAGCGGCAGCCCGGCGGAGACCACACAUGGCGACCCCGCGCAGGCCGCGAAAAAGCGCGAAGGUAAGGUAAAAUCGUACGUGAAAAACUUGAAGCAUCUUUUAAACAUCUCAGGCAGCAGGAGGGGGUCGACAUCGCUUGAGGAGCAGCAGUGGCAGUCGGGGGGUGAAGAGAAAAGGCUGGACCAUUUCUCCGAAAAAGGGGAGGCAUCACGUGCGAAAAACUCAGCCAUUUUCAGAGACACGCAGAACGACGUAACAAUGAUCAGGAAGUGGUUUACCCUGUUGAGUCACUUCCCCAGCAAAUCUGAGCACGUCCCCAUGUUAAGAGAUUAUUUGAAUAGAAUGUUUAGGAAGCACAUCGAAGAGCUGAUUCGAAAGGAGUACUUUUCCAAAACGGUGCACCAGAUGACGAACCAGAUAAACAGUAAAAGCAUACACGCCCUUAUAAUGACCUACGAAAGGAAGCUGGGCCAGAUGGAGGCAUAUGAUUUUAGCUACAGCUUGAUUAUUCUCCUUCGGUUUAUGCUGUUCAGCCAUAGUCUGUUUAACAGGAUUGUCGAGCAUGCCAUUGGGAAUCCCUUGGCCAAACUGAAGAGUGAGAGGCACUUGGUCCGUUUCAUGAAGAGCGUGGAUGGCUACCCGCUCGUCCAUCCCUCCGGUGCAGGGGUUAGGAGUGCAGAAAUUAGCGGUGUAGGGGGUAGCGGCGGAGAAAUUAGCGGCCAAGAACUCAGCGACUCAAAUUUUAACGGCACGGAAAUUUUUCAGUGCAACAUGAACGACCUGUACAAUUCCACCUUUUCCAUUUUCAUCAAAAAGUUGAGCAAAAAACUGAAGUGCUACUCGCUAGAUAAUUUGCUCUUCCUUUCCGAGUGCCUGGGCAAGGUGAUCUUUAUGCCGAGCACGCAGAACCAGGUGCUGCAUGUCUUCAUUAACAAGCUGCGCUACUACAUCGAUAAUGCUUUGCACUUUUCCACGGUGGAUAACCAGACGCUCAUUCGCCUCUUUAAGAUAAGCUCCUUCUUUUCCUUCGUCCCUGAGGUGGACAUUUUUGUGAGCAGCGCGGUAAAGGGGAGUGGGAGGGUACGCAGGUUUGUAGGCGGUGGGGUAGCUGUCCCGUCGAAGGGUCCCCCCGUGGGAGGGGCGGAAAACGUACCAGAAGGAGGGGCAGUCCCCCCAUCGGGAGAAGCGGAAAGUGUACCAGUGAAGGACAGCCCGCCGCCCACAGGGAACAAAAAAAUACUCAAGGGGAGAAAUGACGAUACAUUGGAUGAAAAGAGCAAAAAAAAAAGCAUAUGUUUCAACCUGAGUGAGAAGGGAGUGAUCAAUUAUUAUUAUGACAAAGCGGAGGAGACGCACACAGUUGCCCAUCCCAGGAAUGUUCUAAGGAGCUACGACUUGCUCCAGGUGAGGGACAAUGUCUACGAUGUGAAUAAGUACCUCCUCAAUUACAGCUUCAAUCAGGACUCGGGGAAGAAGCAUAAGAGGAGCAAGUUUUCGCUGAAAAAUAUGGUGACGCUCCUGUGCGAGCAGAUUGAUAGGAGUUUGGACGACGUGGUGAGGGAGCUGCGCGGGGGGGUCCCCGCUGGUAGGGAAGCGGUUAGCCAAGCGGUUAGCAAAGCGGCUAACGAGGUGGGCAGCAAAGCGGUUAACGAGAUGGUCAGCCAAACGGACUACCCCCCCUGGAGCAGAGACCAACUGGUGGACGAAAUAAAACGCAUCAACGAGAAGAACGCCGAGCGCGGCGGCAAGUGCCCCGGGGGGGACCACCCCCACAGGGAGAGCGAGCUCUACAAAAGGUACCUCAUCUUUUACGAUUUCAGCGUGCUGAGCGAUGUGGUGAAGUUCACCCACUUUUCCAUCAACACGAAUAAGCACACGUACGAGUUAGUCAAGACGAUCAAGCGGAGACUGGAGGAAAUGCUUCUCUUUUAUGGCUUGAGUGGAGUGCCCCCCAAGCGGGGAGCCGACCUCACUACGAGUGGGUUAUGCGGCCACAAGAUGAAACACAUUGCCACGUUUCAGCUGUACCACUUUUACUGUGCCUGUAAGAACUUCAGCCCGUCUUUCUUGUUCGAAUUUUUUGACACCCUGUUGAAGCUGACGCCUAAAAUUAAUGUGAUUGACUUGGACAAGGCUAGCGAUCUGUUUAGUAAGAAAAGAAUGAACCGAAUGGAGCACCUGGAGAUCUUCCAUAAGGUGAGGGACCGCCACGUGACCAUCCCCUUCGUUGUCUCCCUGUUGCAAUCGUUGAGGGUGAUCAUUUCGUCUAAUUUGUUCCUCACGAAUGAUGUUCUUAGGGAGCAUGUCAGCACCAUGGUGCAGUACUCGUACUACGUGUUGUUCUUUUAUUACUACAGUAAGGAGAGGAGUGGGCGUCUUCUCAAGGGUGGCGGGAAAGAACGCGUCGAUGAUGGGCAGUCCCCCAUUUGUGAGGGCGGCCAAGUGGAGGGCGGCCAACUGGGGAGCGGCCAACUGGGGAGCGGCUACGUGGAGAGCACCCAGCGUGACGGCGGAAGCGACCGCUCGGCCAUCUCCAGCGUAAUGAAGUCAACCGAAAGGCGCAGAAAGUUGUGCCUCUUCGAUAACGUGCAUUUGGAGGACCUGUGCAACACCUACUUGUGCCUGUCCACAUCGCUGUACUUCCUAAACAGGGCGGAGGAGAAAUCCAACCAAGUGAAGCAUCUCAUUUUUCUGGAGGAGAGGUUCCUAAAGUUAGUCACCAAGGUGAAGUACAUGAAGUACCUAUCGGAUAGUUUUAUUUUUUUUUUAUUCAAAGCACCGUGCACGCUGAAAUUGGAAGAAGCGUUCGAUGGGGUCAUUCCAUCGUUGAAGAUGCCCAACCGGAGGGGCAGAAAGACGAGCGAACUUCUCUCCUCCAUAACGCAUUCGCAGAGGGAGAAGAUUUUGAGUGUCCCUGCAGCGACUGCCUUUUUCCUGUGCAAAGUUAAGCUGACCAUGUCGGGCGGCGGCGGCAAGGGGGAGGUGAAUGCCCUUCGGGUGGAGAACACGCGCAGGCUGUUUGAGGCGCUCAUCGACGGUUACAAGUUGCUGGCGAGCUGCGUCGAGCAGGUGUUCAUUACUGGGGGGGGGGAAGCGGUCAACAGGGGGGGCAACUCAACCGAUGGGGAGGAGUACCCCUCUGACAAUUCGCACAUUUCCAACCAGGGCACAUCCUUCCGAGGGGGGGCGCACUUCUCCGUGGAGGACACCCCGGGAGGAAGCAGCCUGUAUGGAAGCAGCCCGGAUGGAAGCAGCCUGCAUGGAAGCAGCCCGUAUGGAAGGACCUAUUCUCAUUUACCCUACCUCCUGUCAAGCAAACUGGACGUGAAGCAAAAUGGCCAUUUGGAGGCCCUCAUGGGAGACAUGUUCUUCGGCGUGCACGAGGUGAAGUCUUUGCAUGAGCUCCAAAGCACGCUGCUGAAAACGGUUAAGCAUUUGGAGGUGGCCCAAAUAAACUUAAAGGUAAAUUAUAAAAUAACGCAGAUUCAGCAGAUACAUAAUGACGUCUUGGGUUACCUGGCAGAGCUGUCCAACGUGGUUAGGGACUGCCUGUACAUCGUCUUCCUCUCGCAGCCCUACGUUCAUAAGUCCCCCAAGAAAUACGCCACCAAGAAUUUGCUCAACUACUUCAUUAACAAGUGCAAGUUUGUGAGCGACUACAACCUCUUCGACGACUGCAGCGGGGGGUCCUUCGGCGAGUUGAGGCGCAGCAAGUACAUGGCGAACGAGCUCUGCCGCUAG